AUGGCAGAAGCUCUAAGCUACUCGACAGCCACAACCUCUGGCUAUUCGGGGCGGAGAAGAGAGUUUAGAAAACUUCUUUGUGACAUCUCGGAAAAACUCGAUGACAAUGUUGACGUAAAGAAAAUCAAGUUUAUUAGCGAGAUAACGAGCGAAAAUGUGAGGACCGGUCUCGACGUUUUGGCAGUGUUGGAAAAGCAAGGCGUGUUCUCACCAAGCAACACGAAUCCUCUGGCUGAAUUACUUUGCGAUAUCAACCGUAAAGACCUAGCAGACAACGUGCGAGCGUACCACCAUGACAGUGCGUACCGCCACUCCGUCUCCAGCGAUAUAAUCGGAGAAGAGGCGCUAUUAGUGAGCUCAAAACCUGUUAGCAGAGCCUCGUCUCUAUCUCUACCCAGGGGAACCUACUCCAUCACACAGGAGGCUCACCCUGAGGCGUGUGCAACGAUGACCCACGGGAGCGUCGCCGUCACCUAUCGGGUCGUCCCGGUGAAAAAUCACAAGGAGGCUGCAGGCGCGUCCUCGCGCUCGGACAAGUAA